AUGGCACUCUCUGCCCUUCCCCUUCUACCUAAACUGAUGAACGAACGACCACCAUUGCCAGCCAGUUGUCAACCUGCGCUUGCACACCUCAUAAAGCGAUGCUGGGCAGCAAAUCCCUCCAAACGGCCAGAUUUCAGUGACAUUGUUUCUGCUUUGGAAAAAUACGAUGAGUGUGUCAAGGAGGGCCUUCCACUUACUCUACAUUCAAGGCUAGCCAGCCGAAAUGUCAUUCUUGAACGCUUGAAAGGCUGUGUAUCCAUGAAUUCAUCUAUACCUAACAAUGGCAACCAUGGUUUCCACAUCACGUUUGGGGCAUGGUUGAGGGCUCCAUUGGGUAGAGGGUUGAAGAGUACAACAGGUCAAAGGGCCGGUGCGGAUAAGCACAGAUGUUAUUGGAACAUCUACCAUCACUAUGUGGGGUACAUAGUCCUUGCCUUGGGUAUUGCCAAUGUGUUCAUUGGAUAUAAGAUUUUGAAGCCCGGAAAGGGUUGGGAGAUUGCGCACUAUGUCAUCUUCGGGGCCUUGUUAUUCACUCUAGAAGCUUGCAAGCGGUACUUGGAGAACAAAUCUACCAGCGAAGAGGUGGUGUCAAAACGCAGCAAUUGA